AUGGGAACGGAUCCGGACGCGAGGGCAUACGGCAUGGUCAUCAUCGAAUGGUGCAAAAGGGGAAGGCUCGAGGAGGCGUGGGGAAUUAUAGAAGAGAUGAGGGGCAGAAAUGUCAUUCCGCAUAUUUCCAGCGUCAACGUCCUCCUACGGUCGUUGUCGGAAAGGGGAGAAAUGGGAAGGGCGGUGAAACUUUUGAGGGAUAUUCCGGGAAUGGGAUGUUCUCCUAAUUUCAUGUCUUAUAGCGCGGUGAUCAAUAGGCUUUGUGGGUACGGGGGCAGAAUGGGAACGGUGGAGAAACUUGUGGUGGAGAUGAUGAGGAAGGGGCACCGGCCGGAUAGGACGAUGUAUAGUUUGAUGGUGGAGGGGUAUUGUGUGGAUGGGGAGAUUGAAAUGGCCGUAGGGGUAUUUCGGGGCAUCAUGGAGGAGGGCUUUGUGAUUACUUUGGGUGGGUUUGAGGCUUUGGUCGAGGGGUUGUGUAGGAGUGGGAGGGAAGGCGAGGCCGAGAUGGUAUUUGAAGAAAUGCGCAGGAGAUGGGAUGGGGUUGGUGCUCGAUUUUGA